AGCCACACUUUCGCGAACUUCAGAAUUCAAGCCCCGCAAGUCUCGCCAUCUUCGCCAUUGCUUCACAGGGCUUCACACACGCCGAGCACUUGUUGAUCAGCGAGAGAGCAAGCAUGGUGAAAGCAAAGAAAGGGGUGUUGCUAGAAUGCGACCCAGCCGUGAAGCAGAUUGUGCAGGACCUGGACGCUAAGAGAUUUUCUGAGACGGGAAAGGCCCGCUUCAUCCUGGAGUCGUUGGACGAGACACAUCUGUUUGUUGAUACCGAAAUCGUACCAUGGCUGCAAGACCGGUUGAAUGAGAUUCUUGAGGUUCGCGCUGGCGUAGAUGUCCGGUCUUUGGAACCCUUUCCAACUGCAUGGUUUCUUUUUGCAGGAAAACACGUACCGAUUUGAA